CGCCCACCGCCGGCGGAACAAAAGGAGCGGCCGCAUGGUGGUGGCGGCGGAGCGCCUCGCCGCGCCCGCCCCGCUCCGCCGCCCCGCUCCGCUCCGCUCCGCGCCCCGCUCCGCGCCGCGCCGCCAUGUCGGGCAGCGGCGGCGGCAACGGCAGCAGCAAUGCGGUGAAGAAGAGGAGCCCGGCGGGCUCGGCCUCCUCGCUGGCGCAGGAGGAGGAGAAGCAGGCGAUGGAGAAGAUGCUGGAGGCGGCGGGCGGCGGGGCGCAGGAGAACGGUUGUCCCCGCUCGCCCUCGCCCUGCGCCUCCGCCGAGGGAGAGGGGGUGACCCUGCAACGCUCCAUCACGUUGCUCAACGGCGUGGCCAUCAUCGUGGGCACCAUCAUCGGUUCCGGCAUCUUCGUCACCCCCACCGGCGUGCUGCGGGAGGCCGGUUCGCCGGGGUUGUCGCUGGUGGUGUGGGCCGUCUGCGGGGCCUUCUCCAUCGUGGGGGCCCUCUGCUACGCCGAGCUGGGCACCACCAUCACCAAAUCCGGCGGGGACUACGCCUACAUGCUGGAGGUGUACGGCUCCCUGCCCGCCUUCCUCAAGCUCUGGAUAGAGCUGCUCAUCAUCCGGCCCUCCUCGCAGUACAUCGUGGCUCUGGUCUUUGCCACCUACCUGCUCAAGCCCAUCUUCCCCACCUGCCCGGUGCCCGACGAAGCUGCCAAGCUGGUGGCCUGUCUCUGUGUCCUGCUCCUCACAGCAGUGAACUGCUACAGCGUGAAAGCUGCUACUCGUGUUCAGGAUGCCUUUGCUGCGGCAAAACUGCUGGCGCUGGCUCUGAUCAUCAUUCUUGGCUUCGUGCAGCUUGCAAAGGGUGAUGUGACAAACCUGACUCCUGAGCAUUCCUUCGAAGGCACAAAAGUAGGCGUGGGGAACAUCGUGUUAGCUUUGUACAGUGGUCUCUUUGCCUACGGAGGAUGGAAUUACUUGAAUUUUGUUACAGAAGAGAUGAUAAAUCCCUACAGAAACCUGCCUCUGGCGAUCAUCAUCUCACUACCUGUAGUCACUUUGGUUUACGUACUGACAAACUUGGCUUACUUCACAACCCUGUCGACGGACCAGAUGCUGACGUCCGAAGCCGUGGCUGUGGAUUUUGGGAACUAUCACCUUGGUGUCAUGUCCUGGAUCAUACCCGUCUUUGUGGGCUUAUCGUGCUUUGGAUCCGUUAAUGGAUCUCUCUUCACUUCUUCCCGGCUGUUCUUCGUGGGAUCCCGAGAAGGACACUUGCCUUCAAUCCUGUCUAUGAUUCACCCCAGGCUUCUCACUCCCGUGCCAUCCCUCAUCUUUACGUGUGUCAUGACCCUGCUCUAUGCCUUCUCCAACAACAUUUUCUCAGUCAUCAACUUCUUCAGCUUCUUCAACUGGCUGUGCGUGGCUCUGGCCAUCAUCGGCAUGAUGUGGCUGCGUUACAAGAAGCCAGAGCUGGAAAGGCCCAUCAAGGUGAACAUCUGCCUGCCCAUUUUCUUCAUCCUGGCGUGCUUGUUUCUCAUUGCUGUUUCCUUCUGGAUGACGCCGAAGGAAUGUGCGAUUGGCUUUGCAAUCAUCUUCAGUGGGAUCCCUGUUUACUUCUUUGGGGUCUGGUGGCAAAACAAGCCCAAGUGGGUUCUCCAAGGCAUCUUCUCUGCCACAGUCCUGUGCCAGAAACUGAUGGAAGUGGUUCCGCAAGAAUCAUAAGCAGGAAAAGCAGAGACAUUCAGCUCGAGGAAACGCACAAUAUUAUUUUAAGACGACACAAGGAGAAAACGCUUCUGAUCCCUCGUAAACAAAACCUAGGCACUGGAGCACCCCGUCAGAGCUGCUUCGUGUCUGACACCGUGCUCCUGGCUCUGCCUUGCCUCCUCCAGCCCCUCCGUCGCCAACCUGUAGCCUGACAGAUGAGCAACCCUGCGAUGAGAAGUUCUUGGUACGAACGUGGGCCAGGAGGAGGAAUUCCUGCUGGCAGCUUCGAAGGGGUCCUGCCUGUCCGGCAGCAGCGAGUCCGAUCAGCAUCUGUGUGUGUGUGUGUGUGUGUGAUGCUGAGGGCUGUACUUCAGAUCUGUGUAGGCUUAUUCGGUUUGGGUCUGGGAUCCCCCAGAUGCCGGCGGUUCUGCUCGUGAGCCCGGUUUGAGUGUUGCCAGCCGUACAAACGUGCCUGGGGCACCUGCCUUACCUGGUCAAGGGGGGGUGGUUGGGAAGGAAAGGUUGGCUGAUGUUGGCUCACGCGCUCACACACACACAAACUCAUACCAAAAUCCGUGCUGCUGGAUGCUUUGGACUCUGUCCGCUAGCAGUGACUUAGGUGAGACAAGGCAGAGCAGAAUUAGUGUCAGAGAAACGAUGUGGGGAGGCCUCGUCUGACUUUUGUUGCAUUCCUGACUAGAGCACUCGGGGUCCCCUGCCACUGUCUGGCUUUUAACUCUCAGAUCCAAGCCAUCUCCCUGCUAUUGAGCCGGUCCUCCGGGAUGCUCUUCACCAGAAUGCCCAUCCCGUGGCCCUGUGAAUUAGCACUGGGGCAGGCCUGAGGGUGGAGUUCCUCUUGAUAAACCCAGGGAAUUGCAAUUAGCAGAAAGCCAAGCCCUUGGCUUGCUCACUCCGUGUUUUUCUGUAGAUAGGCUAUCAUCCAGCAUGGGUAGAGCAACAUCAUGCUCUCCCAAUGGCCCUGUUCAUUGCCCGCAGUGUGAUUCAUGUUUGCCCCUAAACCAUUUGCAAAGAGAAAAUAAGGGUGGGAUUCCCUUGGCUCGUUCCCUGAUUGCCUGUCGCCGUGCCCUUCGUUAUGCUGUGUCUCUUCUAGAACAUGCGGUGAAGAUGGGACCAACUGGGUCUGGGGGUGCAGAAAGGGCAGAUGUCCCCGGAUGGCUGGAGCCUGGCUUUAAUCUCGGUCUGCUGUAGACGGUCUGUUUUGCUGUAAGAAGCAGGGACCAGGGGUCUGGUCCUUCUUUGUGCAAAACUGCAGCAUCGGGUUUGGCUUGGCGAGAUGCCCCCACCACCAUCCUCCCGUUCAGGGAGCGCUCUUUGAGCAUAAACCAUGACCCGCAUGUGAAAUUUUGUUUUGCUGUUGUGGGUGGUGCAGUCCCAUCCCCUGAGCCCACCCCAAAUUCCUCUAGUUCCCCAGUAGUCAAAACUAUCCUCUUCGGAACAUGUUGCUUUAUUUGGUCAAAAGCAUCACCUUUUCAGCAAAACUGCAGUUCUUGAACAAUUUGCUCAUUAUGCCUCUGCGCUUAAGGUGAUAGUCAGUUGGAAAUCAAAAGCAUCUUUUCCCCACAAGUGAGCUGCUUCAGUCUCUGUUACAGCUCUUCUUUGUGCUUGUGCUUUGUGCAAAUGGGUUGUUGAACUACUUUUUCCUCCUCAAUAUUUUUGUAAACUAAGAUGUUUGAAAGCCGGGAUCCUCCAAGAGGUAAUGCUUUCUAUUGGAUGCUCCUUGUAGCUUAGACUUAUUUUGGAUGAAGAGGCAUUAAGGACCCCAAUGGUACUAGCUCAUGCUUUGUCCUUUUAAGAAGCUCUUGAGCAAAAAUAGUGCGUGUUAUAGCAGGUGGCAGCUUCUGUUCAAGCGUGUGUGACAAUGACAGUGGCUAUGUCAACAAGCAUCUACGUGCAGCUCUUUGCUAUUGCUUCGCCAACCACGCGUCUUUGCUUUGAGGCACUGCAGGAGGAAUAGGUGAGACAAUCAUCGCGCUGAAAACCUUUGCUGUCGGGUUGUUUAUUCCAUGGCAGCUCAGUGCGGAUACACCCAAGCCAGCUCAGGUGCCACUUUACAUGUGUUAGCAUUGAGCUUUCCUGGAGCUAAGUUAACCUGUGGAAGAGUUGCAGCUGGUUUGGGUAUAUCUACAGUGCAGAAGAACCCAAAGUUUAUGGCCAAUGCCUGGCUGUUCAGGGACCUAUGUGCAAUGAAUUGGAGCAUCUCAGAUCCAGUGCCUGUGGAGAGGCAUUUGCAUAAAUAAGGUCAUGAACCAUAAAACCUGAACUCAAUUUUUGGAAUCCUCUUCCAGCUGAAGGCCGAGAUGUUUUGGCAGGGUAGUGAUGGGAAAUCACUGCUUAUGCUGGACCUGUUUCAUGGAGAGAGAACCUCAGUCUGUCACCUUCCACUUGGUCUGCAGUUUUUUUGGCUGUAAUGGUCUCAGGGCCAGCUUCCUGCGGGGCCUGUGUUCAGCGUAGGGGCUCUCAGUGCUAAUAUAUACCAGCAGAAUUACUUGCGAUGCAAAGGAAAGGGAUUUUAACACUCAGCCACCUCAAUCCAAUGUAAAUUAGCACUCAAGUCCAGUGCACAGAGAGCUCAGAAAUGGGUCCAAAUCUCCCAAAGGCAUGGGGGUUGCUUGGUUUGGACGCAUCUUUAAAUUACUUUCAUCAGUGAUGAAGACCAUCACUACAGGAUAUCCUCGUGGUGAACCUUUCACACUGGUUUUAAAAAGGAGAUGUCACACUGAGAAAUAUUUUUUUAUUAACUAACUGAUCUCAAUUAAAUCCUUAACUCGCUUGCUUGCUCCUUAUGAAUUUUCAUGAUUUUUCACUUGCUGCUAAAGAUCUUUCUCUUGUACUAACCUGCUGGCUCUGGCAUUGCUACCAUAUGUUUCAUGGUGAUCUCGCCAGCAUCUCCCUGGCAAUAGAGCUAUAGGAAGAAACUGAACCAGGUACCAGCACAAAAUGACAAAAAUGUUGGAUUUGGUCAGCCACAGCUCACAUCUCAAAGUUUACCUUGCAAAAACCUGAUUUCUUUUAUCCCCAAUUCAUUGACCCCAACAGUUCCCCUCCACCAGAGCUUGGUAACAUGGCUGUAAGAGGGUGCGUUAUUUUUUCCUGGAGGUUAGGGAGAUAAUGAUUAAGGGGGUGAAACUGAAUUUCAUUUUAUAAAGAAAACACAAGAAAGUAAUUUCUCCAAUGGGUGAAACUGCUGCUAACAGCAUCUGCUGUCCAGCAUGACAGCUUGUAACUCAGAUCAGCAACCAGGAGUGUCUGCUGCCCUCGGGGGCUUGCUGUGUUCAGCUGGAUUUUUGGUAUGGAAAAAGAGAGAAUACAUCCCCAUGAAAGACCUCCUUGCUGCUUGUUUUCCUCAAAUGUGGAAUGACAUGUCACAGAGGGUGAGGGGAGCAACAGAGACUUCACAGAAAAUUUCUCAUCGUUCCCAGCACUGGAUGUGGGAUUUUUCUGUUGUUUCUCUGUUCGCUUGUGCUCUUUCGAGCCCGUGAUCAGUCAUGCCUGUUGCAACCCACCAAGGGAGAGAAACCCUUCCCGCAAAGGACACGUACAACCACAGUGACCGUGAGUUUGCUUUUUAACAGUAGCUACAGUUAAACGAGAUACCGCGUGAAUCUACUUCAUAAGACAGUAUUCUGCAAGUCAUUCUGCAGUCAUGUCAGUGGAAUCGUAGAAUCAUAGAAUCAUUUAGGUUGGAAAAGACCUUUAAGAUCAUCGAGUCCAACCGUGGAGCCGUGGCUGCGUAUUUCUGCAAGUGAUGGCUGUGCCUCAGUAGUCCCUUGGUCCUUGUACUAAACCCCCCCUUUCAAUUAUUGCUUUUCUUAGCUUUUUUUUAAGUAUUUAGACUCCCAGGCAGUCAGUUGUUAGGGGUGUUCACAGAAUAGCGUCUCGUGGGGAUUGCUAAAACGUAGGACAGGGGCAUGCAGGAGCUGAUGGCCAAGUGCUUUCUUACCCAUUGGGUUCCUCUUUCUAAAUGAGAAACCUUCUUCCCGACUGGGAGGGGAACCAGCCCUGCAAAAUGCUCCCGGCCAAAAAUGGGGCUUGAAGUCAUCCUGGGUGGAUAUUUCUUUAUUUCUUUUUUUUUUUUUUUUUUAAACUUCCUGCAGUAUUUGCAGUGUUUUCCAUCUCAGAUACUGUGUUCUGGUAAACACGCUUUUGUUUUUAACGGCACCCUCUGCGGACACUAAGUUCAAAGGGACUCUGUCACUGUUGAACAAACUUUAAAGACCCUUCAACUGGAUUGAAACUCGUAAGAAGCGGCUUUGUUUUUCUCUGACCCCUCUCCCUGUGGGCAGCUCAGGCAAAGGAAUAAAUUGGGGUCCUCCAUGGGCUCCUCCACUGUGGGUCUGCCUGAGAGCGGAGCCCUCGAGGGGCAGCAGUGCUGCAGCAGAGCUUUUCCCCACGGCCGUGACUUCCCAGCCGUGGAGAGAUGUUUGCAGUGGCAGAGUGCCGGUGUGGCUGCGGGGAAUCACAGGGAAGGCUUCCUCUCAGUCUGGGAAGGUACCCGUGCCUUCAGCCGAGGCUACAGUAUUCUCGGGCUUUAAUAAAAAAUAAAAAUUUAAAAAAAAAAAAAUAGAAGGAAACAGUCAAAUGCUGUCAUUACGCAACACUCUGGCUGUUUGCGGCUGUUCUUGUGGGAUGCCAGCUUUUCCAUCAACCGGUUGCGCAACUCCAUUUCUAAUGACAUCAAAGGGGAAGGCAACGUUGGCCAUUGGGAAAGGGCUGGAACCAAGUUUCCUACUGGAGCUUGGGAAAGGGCAGCCCAGGGACGAGACAGCUCCAGUUCCCCCCUCCCCGGGGCUCUUGCUGAGGUCUGCCGGCCGGCACCACAACCUCGGCAGAGCCCCACGGACCGAAUUGCAGCCUUGUGCCGGCCCCGGGAGCCCGGCGAUCGUCUCCGGCUGCGGGAUGGGCCGGCGCGGCUGGAGCCGGCGGCACUUGGCUGCCGACCAGGGAACGCGGCAGCCGGCUCCCUGCGGUGAUGGGAAUCUGCUCCCGCGCCUCCGCCGGGGACCUUACCCGUGCCAGGGCAUCCCAGGAGACCUAGGCGUUGAGCGAUGCUCAAGGGGCUCUUCGUUUCUGCUGGCUUCUUGAGGAGUUAAAGCCGGCCAGCCUUACGCUGGUUUUGCCCGUACUUGAGAAGUUUCUUCCCAGUUUACAUGGUCUGAACUGGAACUAGCAGCCGGGGUGGGGGGGGUGCAUGUGCGCGGGAUGCUGCUGGGAGUCAAAGCCAAGUGCCGCUCCGCUGCACGUAGGAAAUGUGGCUUAGAUUAGGUCGCCCCUAAGGAACUGAUGUCCAGAGGAUUAUUUCUUUGCUUUUAGCCCCCCGUUCCUUGCGUGAGAAGGGGUGUUGCUUCCUCCAGCUGUUGAAGUGUUAAUGAGAAAAAAAAAAUAUUUUUUUAAAUAUUGAAUUAAUUUUUAAAUGGCCUAAAAGAGACUUUAUAUCUACACCUAAAUUAUUCCCGUUGGGUGACAUUCAUCUCAGCGCAGGGGCUCUGCAAGUGCUCGGAUGCUCUCCCACAUCCCAGCCAGUGGGACGUGGUGCUGCAGGGUCCGGCUGCGUCUCCUGCGCUGGGAUGAAUUUCACAUGUAGGGAAAAAAAAUCCUUAUUUGUUCAGGGGACGGGGUGAGGUUCGUGUCCCACCUAAAUCCUUGCAAAGGAAGAAAUUUAAGUGGCACCCAGACCUUGCGCUGGCCCGCAGAACAAAAGGAGGGUGGAAUUCACUUCUAGUGAAUAAUCUGACUUUUCAGAGAUACCUUUCUUCUAAAGUUUGUAUUUUUGUUGUUUUUUUUUUUAAAAAACACAAUAAAAAAAGGAUCUUAACAUACAGAAGAAAUUCUAGAUCUGAUUUACAAUUUUGUUAUAUUUGGUUGCUUUAAAAAUAUUUUACUAAUUUAAAUGUUGCUGUAGAUGACAUUCUAUUUAUUUGAAGGGGUAAAUAUCUUUUAGUCUUAAUACUUCUACAGUAAGCGCUGUCUAUUUACAAUGUUUGUGUUCUGUCAACACAGCUAUUCCACGACUGAGUGCUGGUCAGCCAGUAGUAACUUAAUCAAAUUGCCUUGUAAAACAAGAUGUCUCCUGCAAUGUAUUUUUUCUAGUAUUUCUUGAUUCUUUUAUGUCUGUGGUUAACAAAUCUGUUAAAUGUUUGAGUUGGUCUAUGUUUUGGGUUGUUUUGUUUUUUUAACAAAGAAAGCUGAAUUACAA